AUGGCGCAAGCUCUGACCAUGAGCACCUCACGUGCGACGUCGGUCGCACGCGCAGAUUUCAUUCCUGCGACCCGUCGUGACGCCACGUCAGCAGUCAGUCAACGUGUCGCCCUCUCUCAAGCAAACCUCUCGAGUCGCCUGCUCAGCGGCAGCCGAAUUCCCGAUCGUGUGAUCCUCCGAUCGCAGAUCUCUCGCCGGCAGUCGCACGCGAGCCAAUUCAAUCGCUCACUGUCGCACGUCGUCGCAGCCGUUAGCGCAUCAGUCGCAGUAGAGGAAGCUGACGUCGUUAUCGUCGGCGCUGGCGUGUCGGGCCUGUGCACGGGGCUCGCUCUAACCACUGAUCACGCGGACACUGUAUCGAAGGUGAUUGUAACGGAGGCGCGCGACCGCGUGGGUGGCAACAUCACGACGGUGGUCGGCGAGGCGGGGACGGCGAACGAGGGGUAUCUGUGGGAGGAGGGCCCUAACAGCUUCCAACCCAACGACGCCAUGCUCAAAUGCGCGCUGGACAGCGGGGUGAUCGACCAGCUGGUGCUCGGAGACCCCGACGCGCCCCGCUUCGUCUUCUGGGAGGGGCGUCUGCGCCCGGUACCUGCCGGCCUGCUGGACCUGCCAGUCUUUGACCUCAUGUCCAUCAUUGGCAAGAUCCGCGCGGGGCUGGGUGCUUUCGGUCUGCGUCCCGCCGCUCCCGAGGGCAAGGAGGAGAGUGUGGAGGAGUUUGUCCGUCGCAAUCUGGGUGCCGAGGUGUUCGAACGCCUCAUCGAGCCCUUCUGCUCCGGUGUGUACGCGGGAGACCCAUCGAAGCUGAGCAUGAAGGCUGCGUUUGGGAAGGUGUGGCGUCUGGAGCAGCUGGGAGGGUCCAUCUUUGGCGGCUCCAUGAAGCUCAUCAAGGAGAAGCAGGCCAAUCCCCCUCCUCCCCGUGACCCGCGCCUGCCGAAGCCCAAGGGGCAGACAGUGGGGUCGUUCCAAAAGGGACUCAUCACCCUCCCCACCGGCAUUGCCAACAAGCUCGGCGACCGAGUGAGGCUCGGGUGGAAGCUGACAGCCAUAGAGAAGCAGCCAGGUGGCAGUGGCUUCCUGCUGUCCUACGACACUCCCGAGGGCGCCAAGAAGCUCUCAGCGCGCUCCCUGCUGCUCACCGUGCCCUCCUAUGUUGCUGCUGACCUGCUCAAGCCAUACUCAGCAGCAGCAGCAGCCGCCCUCUCGUCCUUCUACUACCCACCCGUGGCAGCAGUGACCAUCUCGUACCCCAAGGAGGCCAUCCGGGAGGACAGGCUGGUGGGCGGCGAGCUAAAGGGCUUUGGGCAGCUGCACCCGCGCACCCAGGGGAUCGUCACUCUGGGCACCAUCUACAGCUCUGUUCUCUUCCCCAACCGCGCCCCGGAUGGCCGUGUGCUGCUGCUGUGCUACAUUGGCGGCGCGUGCAACACCAAGAUCGCCACCAUGAGCGAGGAGGAGAUAGUGAAGCAGGUGGACAUCGAUGUGCGCAAGAUGCUCAUCAAGCCCGAUGGAGCAGCGCCCCAAACGCACGGCGUGCGCGUGUGGCCGCGUGCCAUUCCCCAGUUCAACGUGGGCCACCUGGACAAUCUGGCAAAGGCGCGCGAGGAAAUUAAGGCGGCGGGGCUUGAGGGCGUGUUCCUGGGAGGGAAUUAUGUGGCGGGUGUCGCGCUUGGUCGGUGCGUGGAGGGUGGGUAUGAGAGCGCGGCGGAGGUGGUACAGUAUUUGAAGGAAAAUGUUGCUGUUAGCAAAUAG